GACCGGAAGUUCGUAUUCCGUGCUGAUGGUCGCGCGGAGCUGCAGGUAGCGCGGGGUGAGGAUGAUGGCCGGCAGGUACGGAGCGCUCGCGCUCGGUCUGAGCGGGGCUCUGUUUAUCGUCUACUGUAUUUACUUCGACCGCAGGCGCCGGAGCCACCCGGACUACCGGCGGAAACUCCGAGAGCGAAGGAGAAAUCAAAAACUUGCUCAGGAAAAGUCUGGACUGGCCAAGUUACCGGAUCUGAAGGACCCGGCGGCGGUGCAGCAGUUCUUCCUGGAUGAAAUUCAGCUGGGGGAGGAACUGUUGGCUCAGGGAGAUUAUGAGAAUGGCGUGGACCACCUGACCAAUGCCAUCACUGUGUGUGGGCAGCCUCAGCAGCUUCUGCAGGUGCUUCAGCAGACUCUUCCCCCACCUGUCUUCCAGAUGCUGAUCACCAAAGUACCCACCAUCAGCCAGAGGUUGGCAAGCCCUCAGGUUUUGGCUGAAGAUGACGUUGAAUGAGAUUGUGGUGAAGAUGAUGAUGACGCCUUAGCUGGCUGGUCAUCGAGUGAUCAGCCCUGUCCAGGCAGAGGAAGAGCCCACGGGCGCUGCAGGUCCUCUGAACUGCUGCUGUAAAGUCUGUCUCUGUGUUUUUUUCCUUCGUUUUGUUGUAUUUUUUUUAUUGUAAUUUAAGCACAUUCCAUUUGUUGGUUAGUGACCCCUCUGUCCACUACACUGCACUUCCGCCCUCAGACAGCCUGUGGAAUGUCUCCGCAAGACAAGCCUUUAAUUACUGUUAUUUAUGUACUUAAUCGUUAAGAUUUAAUACUCACAACAUUCAAAUGACUAAAGGAGUUCACGUGAUGUCAUUUAUUUUCUUUGUUUUAAAAAAACUUUUUAUAUAUGAAAUUCAGUUCUACACUGUGUUAGCUGCUGAUUACUGAUGGUUAGGAAAUCAGUGUUAUUCCACUUUAUUUAUCUGAAUCACAGCAUCUGUAUCGUUUAUUUUUUCUCAGUAGUCAUAAAAUAAAGUUUAAUGUGUAAAA